UCACGUUGCUGAUGACAGAGAGCGCGUCGCCCCCGCCGGGUCGCUGCUGCAGCGAAGCUCCACACGACGGAUUUUAGUGCUCGCGCACGGGAAUAUUCCGCAUUUUUAGCGACAUUUUUUGCAAAGACAUUUAGGAGAAAAAAGAAGAUCUCUCGGCGUAGGGACACCAUGCCGCUGAAUUCGAGUUUGGCGAGUAAAAAUUAUGACUACGACUACGACUCCCUCCAGCCCUAUUUCUACUGCGAUAACGAGGAGGAGGAUUUCUACCCGCAGCAGCCUCAGCCUCCGGCACCGAGCGAAGACAUCUGGAAAAAAUUUGAACUGCUGCCGACCCCUCCCCUCUCGCCGAGCCGCCGGCCGUCCCUGUCCAGCCUCUUCCCCUCCACGGCGGAUCAGCUGGAGAUGGUGACGGAGUUCCUCGGCGACGACGUGGUCAACCAGAGCAUCAUCUGCGACUCCGACUACUCGCAGACCUUCCUCAAGUCCAUCAUCAUCCAGGACUGCAUGUGGAGCGGCUUCUCCGCCACGGCCAAGCUGAAGAAGGUGGUCUCCGAGCGGCUGGCGUCGCUGCACGCCGCGCGGAAGGACACACCGGCGGCGGAGGAGGAGUGCGCCGACCCCGCCGGGAGUGGCGCGGCGUGGAAGCUCAACAGCAGCUACCUGCAGGAUCUGAACACGUCCGCGGCGGAGUGCAUCGACCCGUCCGUGGUGUUCCCGUACCCGGUGGCGGAGACGCCCAAGCAGGGUCCGGGGACGCCCCCCGGGAAGGACCUGGGGCUGGACACGCCGCCCAACAGCGGCAGCAGCAGCAGCUGUAGUGACUCAGAAGAUGAUGAUGAUGAGGAUGAAGAGGAGGAGGAGGAAGAAGAAGAGGAUGAGGACCAGGAGGAAGAGGAGAUUGAUGUGGUGACGGUGGAGAAGAGGCAGGCUGUGAAACGCUGUGAACCCAGCCCGCUGGAGACCAGGCAUCACAGCCCACUGGUGCUGAAGCGCUGCCACGUCUCCACCCAUCAGCAUAAUUAUGCCGCCCAUCCAUCCAUGAGGCACGAGCAGCGGGCUGUCAAAAGGCUGAAGCUGGAGAGCAGCAGUGGAGGAGGAGGAAGCAGCAGCAGCAGUCACGGAAGGGUCCUCAAACAAAUCAGCAGCAACCGCAAGUGUUCGAGUCCCAGGACGUCUGACACCGAGGACUAUGACAAAAGGAGGACUCAUAACGUUCUGGAGCGCCAGAGGAGGAACGAGCUCAAGUUGAGCUUCUUCGCGCUGCGAGACGAGAUCCCGGAGGUGGCCAACAACGAGAAGGCGGCCAAGGUGGUGAUCCUGAAGAAGGCGACGGAGUGCAUCUACAGCAUGCAGUCGGACGAACAGAGACUCAUCUCAUUCAAGGAGCAACUGAGGAGGAAAAGUGAACUUUUGAAGCAGAGACUGGCACAGCUGCAGGCCUCUCGAGCUUAAAUUGAAACCAGACUUUUUUUUUUUUUUUUCUUUAAUAAAAGUUCAAGACUUGAUGUACAGUUGUUGCAUGCAAAUGCAAAAAAAUGGUUUGUCUGGAAUCUCAUUUGAUUUCAAUGUUUAAAACUGCCUCAGCUGAAGUUAUGGGUGGAUGAAAAUAUUUAAAAUUUUAUUUUUAUUAAUAAAAUGUUGAAAAUGGAGCCAUCCUGUUCGGAAGUUCCAAAUAAAAUAUAAAUUUUUACGUUUUUUGUAUAUAAUUAAUAUUUCCUAAGAAAAUGUAUUUUUGGAACUCAAUUGUCUGGAUGUUCAGACUCACUGUUUGGCUUUUUCAUUAUGUUCAUAGGUUCUUUUUGAAAUAUAAAAUGUUUUCUUGAA